AUGCAAUCGACGCCGCCUACUGCUGCCCAAAAGCUGGAUGAUGAAGAGAAAAUAGCAAAUGCUAAACCUUACACUCAAGUACCUGGACCUAAAGGUUAUCCUAUUAUUGGUACCUUGUGGACUUUAUUAAAAAAUAAUGGCUUCUAUCAAAAAAGACCCCACUUGCUAUUUGCGGAGUACAAGAAAACAUACGGACCCAUUUUUAAAGACAAGAUUGGUAAUAUGGAGUUAGUAUUUAUAUCAACACCGGAAGAUGUUGCUACUAUGUUUAGCGCUGAAGGAAAAUAUCCAAGUAAAGGACCAGUAAAUCCAUGGGUCAUUUAUCGUGAACAACGAAAAAAGCCCAAAGGUGUUUUAAUCGGAGAAGGGGAAGACUGGCGGAGAUCAAGAAGUGUAAUGGAUAAAAAGCUACUUAAAUUGAAGGAUGUCAGUGCAUAUAGCGAAAGGAUAAAUCAAGUCAUCACCGAUCUAAUAGCACAUAUAAGACAGAAACGGAUAACAGAUAAUCGAAAUGGAGAAUUAGCUAAUCUUAAGGAUGCAUUGUGCAAGUGGGCCUUUGAAACCAAUAAUACCAUUUUAUUUAAUAAACGGCUUGGAGCAUUCAAUGAUCCUCCUACUCCAAUCGCCAAGAGAUUUUAUGAGACUGUCUGUCAGAUGCUAGAGGUUACUGGUCAAUUUAUGCUAUUGCCACCAUAUUACAAAUAUAUUAAAACCAAAGGAUGGAAAGCAUAUUGCAGCUAUUGGGAUACAUUAUUUGAGAUUGGUGGCAAACUCAUUGAAGAAGAGCGAAAUCGAUUAUCAUCUACUGAGAUUAAUCUUUUGAAUAACCGACAGAAUAAACAACGUACUGAAGAUUUAGAAUUUUUACCAUAUGUUUUAUCGCGUGGGGAAUUAAAUGAUGAAGAAAUUGCUAGUAAUAUGAUCGAGCUGAUGAUGGCAGGCGUGGAUACAACCGCUACCACAAUAUUGUGGACGCUCUUUAUCUUGGGCAAGAAUCCUGAUAUUCAAGAUAAGCUAUAUCAUGAAGUCAGCAGUGUAUUAAAAGAUGGAGAAUUACCUGAUAGUCAAACUUUACAGAAAAUGCCUUACUUAAGAGGAGUUAUCAAAGAAAGCCAACGAUUAUAUCCUGUAGUACAUGCAACAGCGCGUAUCCUUGACCAAGAUGUUGUAUUAAGUGGAUAUCAUAUUCCUGCAAAGACAAGAGUUUUAGCAUUGAUGCAUCUCAUAUCAAGAGAUGAAUCAAUUUUUGAAGAAGCCACAAAGAUUAAACCGGAACGAUGGAUACGAUCAUCAGCAUCGUCACAGCACCAGCGCCUUCCAUUUAGUAUUAUUUCAUUUGGACUUGGACCAAGAAUGUGUAUUGGAAGACGCAUAGCAGAACUGCAAAUGGAAUUAACUAUUGCUAGACUGAUUUCGGAAUUUCAUGUUGACUGCCGUAAUGAAAAUGAAAUCGGAGCAACAUUUAGCUUAGUUGCAUCUCCUGAUCAAGAUCUUCAAAUUGCUUUUCAACCAAGAAAUUGA